CCUUCAUCAGUUGUCACAACUGCGUAUCCUGAUGGAGCCAAGAUUAUCUAUUGAUCGGGACCGUCAACACCCGACCGAGAUUCAAGGCACAAAACAUCAUAAAUCCGAUCUUCCAUCAUUGCCACAGAGAACACCAGAAGAGCGAUACAUGUUUGGAUUUCUCCUACAGCGUUCUGAACUCAAUAAGCGGCAACUUCGGAUUUUAGGGGACGCAGGCCAAUGGCAACUGGCCUAUGAGUUGGGUUUCCGUUAUCUAGAAGAGCUAAACGACGGCUCCUCGACAAUUUCAUCUAGUUGAGUGUACAAGAGAGGGUAGUUUAGAGUGGUGAACACUUGUAUUAUAGUAAAGUUCCAUGGAAACUUUGUAAAUAUGUUGAAAUGCGUUAACCUAUUCUUUUUUGAGAGUUUUUUGUUUACAGAUCUGAAACUCAGAGUGCGUGGCGAAGAGAAGCCCCGAAAAGGAUAACAUCACCGAGAAGUGAAGGCCUAACGCGCAACUUCGCCAUGACGCCCACUGAAGCCCUGAUCGUGCAGUUUUUGAGAAGAAGGGAUAGUGAAAGAAAUAGACAUCAGUCAUCAUGUAAAGGAAGGUUUUGAAAAAGCGGAUCCUUCACAGUUUGAGUUGCUGAAAGUAUUGGGACAAGGUUCUUAUGGAAAGGUAUUUCUGGUGAGGAAGAUCAAAGGAUCUGAUGCUGGGCAGCUUUAUGCGAUGAAGGUACUCAAGAAAGCAACUCUGAAAGUUCGGGAUCGGGUACGAUCAAAAAUGGAGAGAGAUAUUUUGGCAGAAGUGAACCAUCCUUUCAUAGUCAAGCUUCAUUAUGCAUUUCAAACAGAGGGGAAGUUGUAUCUAAUACUAGAUUUCCUGCGGGGAGGGGACCUUUUCACACGGCUCUCUAAAGAGGUAAUGUUUACAGAAGAGGACGUCAAGUUCUACUUAGCUGAGCUGGCCUUGGCUUUAGAUCACCUCCACAGUCUUGGAAUUAUUUACCGGGAUCUAAAACCAGAAAACAUCCUCCUAGACGAAGAGGGCCACAUUAAGAUUACAGAUUUUGGUCUAAGCAAAGAGGCCAUUGACCAUGACAAGAGAGCCUAUUCUUUCUGUGGAACAAUAGAGUACAUGGCUCCAGAGGUGGUCAACCGGCGAGGGCACACACAGAGUGCAGACUGGUGGUCCUUCGGUGUGCUAAUGUUUGAGAUGCUGACUGGUUCAUUACCAUUCCAGGGGAAAGACAGGAAGGAGACAAUGGCUCUCAUUCUCAAAGCCAAGCUGGGAAUGCCUCAGUUUUUGAGCAUAGAAGCCCAGAGUUUGUUACGAGCCCUCUUCAAAAGGAACCCAUCCAACAGAUUAGGUGCUGGCCUGGAUGGAGUUGAAGAAAUUAAGCGUCACCCUUUCUUUGUUACUAUAGACUGGAAUAAAUUAUAUAGGAGAGAAAUCAAGCCACCUUUUAAACCAGCAGUGGGACGGCCAGAAGACACCUUUCAUUUUGACCCGGAGUUCACAUCACGAACCCCCACAGAUUCCCCUGGUGUUCCUCCAAGUGCCAAUGCUCAUCAUCUUUUUCGAGGAUUCAGCUUUAUUGCAUCCAACUUGAUCCAGGAACCUGCACAACAAGAUCUGCACAAAGCCCCAGUUCAUCCGAUUGUGCAGCAGUUACAUGGGAACAAUGUUCACUUUACAGAUGGAUAUGAGAUCAAGGAGGACAUAGGAGUUGGCUCCUAUUCAGUAUGCAAGAGGUGUGUGCACAAAGCAACAGAAGCUGAGUUUGCAGUGAAGAUAAUUGAUAAGAGCAAAAGAGACCCCUCUGAAGAAAUCGAGAUUCUCCUGAGAUAUGGGCAGCAUCCAAACAUCAUUACUCUGAAAGACGUUUAUGAUGAUGGAAAAUAUGUGUACCUGGUGAUGGAGCUCAUGCGAGGAGGAGAGCUCCUAGACAGAAUUCUUCGACAGAAGUGUUUCUCCGAACGAGAGGCUAGUGCUGUCCUUUGCACUAUUGCCAAGACUGUGGACUAUCUGCAUUCCCAGGGUGUUGUGCAUCGAGAUCUGAAGCCCAGUAAUAUUCUUUACAUGGAUGAAUCAGGAAACCCAGAUUCCAUCAGGAUCUGUGACUUUGGAUUCGCCAAGCAGUUGAGAGCAGAGAAUGGACUGCUCAUGACACCGUGCUAUACAGCCAACUUUGUAGCCCCUGAGGUCCUGAAACGGCAAGGUUAUGACGCAGCCUGUGACAUCUGGAGUUUAGGGAUCCUGUUGUACACUAUGUUGGCGGGGUUCACCCCUUUUGCAAAUGGACCAGAUGACACCCCAGAAGAGAUUUUGGCCAGGAUUGGCAGUGGCAAAUAUGCACUUACAGGAGGAAAUUGGGAUUCAGUAUCAGAUGCUGCAAAGGACAUUGUGUCCAAGAUGCUCCAUGUAGAUCCUCAUCAGCGACUAACAGCAGUUCAAGUGCUAAGACACCCGUGGAUAGUGAACAGGGAAUAUCUGUCUCAAAAUCAACUCAGCAGACAGGAUGUUCACCUGGUGAAGGGGGCAAUGGCAGCCACCUACUUUGCUUUAAACCGAACACCUCAGGCACCAAGGCUGGAACCUGUGUUGUCCUCCAAUCUGGCUCAGAGGAGGGGAAUGAAAAGACUUACCUCAACAAGGUUGUAGCAGUCCCCAAGAAUGCCUCACUGAAAACCAACAGUUUGCUUUUUGAGAGGUUCCUCUUUAUUACUCAAUUAGCAGAACUUCAGACAAUUUGCUCAUGAAAUCACCAGAAAUAGCAGAAGUCCAGCAUAAGGCAAAGUUAUCCUUUGCUCUGUUGUUCUUUUUACCCUUCCGGUCAAGAUCCUAAGCUAGCAACUUCUCAAAGAUGUGCCAAUUUUACCAAUUGCUCCAUUUCCUUAUUGAGUUAAAGCCAAAUAAAGUGUGUUCCCUUCCCCUCCCUCCCAAGAGUGCUAUUUUUGGAAUCCUUAAGAUAUCCUGUGAGAACACUUUCUUUUUGUAAAGCACUUUUUGCUGUGAAAGCAAGCGGUUUGGUUUGAAAGUUUUCAAUGUUGCCAGCCUGCAUCACGGUGAAUUAUCUCAACCUGUACACAGUAUACACCAAUGGAUCAUCAGUUGUAAUGAAGCCCCAAAGGAAUUGAAGACUAGGGAGACAGUGCCGGAUACCACAUAGGAACAAGUCCUGCACAAAGCCAAGGAGAAAGAGCUGCCCAUGAUGAGCACCUCUGCUGAUUCAGAGAAACCGUUUGAACUCCCCCAGUGUUAUCUGUGGAACAGAGUCCGAGCCCCUUUAAGAGAAGGUGUCACAAACCCUAACAUAAUUGAGGGUUUGGCCCUGUAAGAGCAGAAACCCUUACAAAUAUAAUCUUCAGGAAGAAUGGUUGGGACUCAUGUGACUAUAGAAGGAGAUUGGCCAGGACUUCAUGAGUAGAAACCUCUGGCUCCAUGGGAAGGGAGGUCCAACUUAGGCUUGGUCUCUCCGUGGCAUCAAGCGGGAUGUUUGGAAAAACAAACUGAGGGGGCUGGGGAAAUAUAUCUAGAAAAAGGCCUGGGUGGGUGUAGGGAUAGCACAGAGAAUGACUCUGAGGAGCAUUACUGCGAGCAGGAACAGCCUGGCCAGGAGAGCACAGACAGGUGUUUAAGGAGUUUGAUACACACAUUUAGGAAGCCAGAUUGGGAAUGCCAACAAGAGUGGUGGGAAGUCUCCUUUCCGUGGUCCUUUGCCAGGUGGGCCAAGAGAUUCCUAAAGCUAGGAUGGGCUAAAUGGACAGCUGCUGCUGCUGCUUUCCCAGGUCUCUUUCUGGAUCUGUCCUGUCAGCCCUCCUUCGCUUGUUUGCACAGGGGGAGACAGCCCCAGAGACCAAGUUACGAUCACAUCUGACUCCCUGCCCUUUUCUCUGACCAUAGGUAUCUGCUUAUGUAGUCUUAUUUGGUGCCAUAUGACACCAAAUAGUUAUUACCUUUUGCAUUUCCUCUCCUCAUUAAGGGCUGAGCUUCCUAUUCUGUGUUUGUUCCUGGCACCAAUUUUUAAAGAGGUCAGGUGACUCUGUUAUGAGAUGCAAUGAUAACAGUGAUGACGAAGGAUACAUAAGAAAGAAAACAAAAAUGAUCCCUCCCCUGGUGGCUAGGUUUUCCAAGUGCAGGGAAAGAAAACCUCACCAAAAAACUCUUAGUUAAAUCUUCCUUUACAGUUUCUGAUCUCAGAAAAAAAUGGAGCAAGGUUUUGUGAUGCUAGAUCCAAGACAUGUUUAAUUCCUUUUGUUAUCCAUCUUGGCUGUGAGUGGUCACAAGUUGGCUAGAAUUGUUUAUUUUUAGUGCUUUUGUCAAUUGUGUUUUCCAAGUGAAUUUCAUCACCUCGGAUGCUUUGCAGGAGCAACUAAUGUACUAUGUUGGCUUUCAUUUUCUGUUGUGAAAGGGGGGAAAAAAAGAAAAUGUGAACAUGGAGCUUUGUAUGCUGGAGGUCAUGCUUUUCUUGCUGAAUAGCCUGUGCAUCUUGAUGCUGAACUGGAAUCAGUAGACCUGUACCCAUUGCACCAGUGUAUCCAGGGGAACAAAGAGCUGCAUUAGGUAGAGCAAUGCACUUCCUACGACUGUAUGUUCUGAUGUUGAUCUGAAAUUUAUGUUUGUUUGCGUGAGUCUAUUUUUAAAUUUACACUUAAUUUAAGCCAAUAUUUAAUGUUCUGGUUUAUGUGCUGUGCACACAGGAUCGCUGCGAAGCAGCUUUCCUUGAAGCUCUUACUCUUUUUUUAGAAUAAAUGAUGCUGUG